AUGAAAUUUUCAAAAGGAUUACUGUUGGUGUCUGCAAUCGUGGGCCUUAUUCUGAUUCUUUUGACAUCAGCAGCUAUUAUUCUAGCAAAACUUCUGACAGAAGGUGGUUUAAAAAAAGAAACUUCAGAGUACCUGCAUCAUGGGUCAACAAACCAGACUUUGAUAAAUGGAACUUGUGGCUCCAGACCUGCAUUCUCCAGUAGGAUUGUUGGUGGGACAAACUCUGUGAAUGGUGAAUGGCCUUGGCAGGUUAGCCUUCAAAUCGGAUCACACGUCUGUGGUGCCUCUAUCAUCUCUGACAGAUGGCUCAUCUCUGCAGCUCACUGUUUUCAGAAAGCAUUCGCCAACCCUUCAAACUGGAAAGCUUACAUGGGAUCAAUCUUUGUUCGGCGUGGUAUAUCGAGAACCAUCAAUAGAAUCCACAUCCAUCCGAACUAUAGUAUUCCAAUGAACUUUAACAAUGACAUCGCACUACUGGAGCUUUCUUCUCCUCUCAUCUUCAAUAAGUUCAUCCAGCCAAUUUGUCUCCCAUCGAGUAGUGAAGUCAUCUCUGCUGGUCGAAAAUGUACAAUCACGGGAUGGGGAGCGCUUGCCUUUCAAGGCCCACCUGCAAACAUCCUUCAAAAAGCAGAAGUGAAAAUUAUCAGUGACAAACGAUGCAAACGUACCUUUGGAAACCAAAUUAGUGAUAUGAUGCUGUGUGCCGGUAUCUUAGCAGGAGGAGUUGAUGCUUGUCAGGGUGAUUCAGGAGGUCCGCUGGUCUGUCGGCGAUCCAAUAAUACUUGGUUUCUAGCUGGGAUCGUAAGCUUUGGUAUUGACUGUGCGAAACCAAAUAUCCCUGGAGUGUAUACUCGUGUUACAGCUCUUAGAGACUGGGUGAAGCGGGAAACUGGAUUGUAGAGGAAGCUAUUUCCCAAGAUGUAACUACUGAAUGAACAAUGACGUCAAAAAAGCCACAAAUGGAGUGUCUCCAUUCAUCCCAUUUGUUUUCAGAACAGGAGAGUGAGAAGAAGGCAGCAUGAUCUGAUAGCAGUAGACUUUCAAGUCCAUUAUUGGUUCAUGAAUAUGAUCCAGGAGCAGAACUCUCAAUAUAAAUACAGUUGAACAGAACAUGGGGCUGAGAGUCAUGGUCCAGGGACCCCAGCUGAAUAUGUUACUUCGGACAAAGUUCAUCAUAAAUCAGAA